AUGUGGGAUGACUCUCUGUGGGAUGAUUACUCUCUGAAUCUGGAGAAGGAGGAUGUUUCUGACACUGACAUCACGCCAAAUGAGGAUGAAGAUGAGAGCAAGAGUGCAGAAGUAUUUUCAAGACCAGUUCCACACGAUGCUUCUGAUCCCGAAAGUGCUGAUUCCUUGAUUGCAUCUCAAAUGGCAAAGCUAUCAGUCGCUGAUCGAGAAAAGGUGUACAUGGACGUCCAUGGGAUACCAGAUGACUUUGUAGUGGAAACUCCGGAACUGAUUCACAAUAGUUUGUUGGGAUUACAACGUGAGAUCAAUAUUUUACCUGACAAGAAAGCGUACAGCAUCGCUGAACAACUGGAUCCAGCAUAUACACAGGAUAGAGACUUUCGACUUGCGUUUCUUCGAUGUGAGAAGUUUGAUUGUCACAAGGCGGCGCUUCGACUUGUCCGUCACUUUCAGAUGAAACUGGACUUGUUUGGUCAGGAUAUGCUUACAAGGGACAUUACUCAAGAUGAUUUGAACAUGGAUGACAUGGAUUGUCUCUACAGCUCUAGUGGAAGAUUCUUGAACGCGUAUGAUAAAGCAGGAAGAGUCAUCAAUAUGAUGGUGCAAGUGCCGAAAACGUACAAGACCAACACAGUUCUUCGUAAGGGUUUUUAUAAUUUCAUGACAACAUACCGCCGUGAUGUGGAUAUACAACGACGUGGCUUUGUCGGAGUCCUUCUUCACCCUGGAGAUGAGAUCAAGGGCAGCAGUGCGGAUAACGCUGAUCUUGUCUGGAAGUUGCCAAAGCUAAAUGAAGGAGUUCCCAUAUUCCUCUCGGCCAUCCAUCUAUGUUACACUACGGACGCAUGGGAGGGUAUGCAUGCAAUGGUCAAGACUGCACUCAGUAAACCAAACCAAGUACGAUGUAGGGUGCAUACUGGCACUAUCCUUGAAUGCUUCGAAGAAUUGCGCGGGCAUGGAAUCGACCCAUCGUGUAUACCUAUAAACGGCAAGGGGGAGAUUACUGACCAUUCCGAACAUAGUCAAAUAUUAGAACAACAACGGCGACAGGAGCGAUUGUUAUAUCCUACUCGGAGCACGAUUGCUGUUCCAUUUUGCGAGGACGUUUUGUUGGGUAAGGGCACCCCAUUUCAGAUCCACCUCGGCAACAAAAAACUACGACAGUUUGUAGCAGAUCGGUUCAAGAAGUACGAAAGGGCGCAAAAAGGGGAAAAGAAGGCCGUUGCUUAUGAAAUCAUUGAUGCAGUUAGGGGCAACGGAGGCCUAUUUCUAAAGCAAGAUGGCAACAGGUGGGCUCCGGCCACCGAUGACGUGGCGCUAUUGAAAGUGGGCGCUCUAUUUCGAUAUUUGCGGUUGAAGAAUGGAACAAAGUAG